UGUGGGAAAGGUUCGUAGUGUCGUACCAAAUUUAUGAGAAACAUGAUUGAGUUGGCGCCUAUGUUGUUUCCGUUGCAACUUUGUAACUUGGAUUGAAACCAUCACGAGAUUUUUUAGACGAUUUGCAAAUAGCAAUUCCAUACAAGCUUUAUCCAAUUCCUCCUCCUCCACCAUGUUUCCUGAAAUUCACAGAGACCAAAGAAGCAGCAUCGAUUCAGCACCGCCUUCUUUUACUUGAAUGGCGAUAAUGGUGUCAGAUGCCGACCCAGAAGAAGGAGCUCAGUGCAACCCAUCAAAGUUAUGGACUUUUGGGCUCUCAAUCCUCCCUUCAUACAAAGAACCACUGAAAUUACCCCAAAAGAUCACAACUUUUGAGUGCUCCAGCUGCUUGGAAUAUCUUCAGACUCUCAGAGUGUGCAAGAACACCUUAUCAUUCAUCUGGGUCCAACAAUUCUGGGGCUUUCAUCAUUGCUUACAAAUUUGAGAUGAGAGUAGAUAUUGCAAGAAUCUUCUUGAGUACUUGGGAUUGGUUCAAACCACCAUAAGUCGGUUUCCAAUGGUUGCGGAGAUGGAUGCUGAUGUGACAAAUGCCACUGCACUUGUUCAGCAGAACGCAUUUGUCAGGGUUUAUUUGAGCAAUGAGGAUCGAUGUUAUCGCGGUGCAGGUCUUAUAAAUUCUUUCUCUGGUCGGUUUCUUGAAGAAGAGCAAUUGGAUAUAAAGGGAUUGAAGGUUUACCAGUGGUGAAUUGUUUUGAGUAGAUCAGUUGCACGGAUAUCAGAUUUACAAUAAUCAAGGUAAUCUGCUGGUAGGAGACUGGAAAAUAACAAAUAGCAGUAGCAAUGAUGUCGAAUGGGGAAAGAAGAAGAAGUGCGAGAUUGUUGGAACUUGAAUCAAGGGCGGAAAGUAAGGGCACAUUAAUAUGUUAUGCAGAAGAGGAUGUGUCUUCUGAAGAAGAUGAUUCCUGCCAUAAACGGAGAAGAAAAAGGGUUAAGAGUAGACCUGUCCAAGAUCUGGCUGCAAGUAGAAAUGAGCAUCCUUUGAAAACAGAGGUUGGUAAUUCGAGCAACAACAAUUGUACAAACUCUGGUGGUGUAGCUGCACUAUCGGAGGCACCUCUACCAGAAUCAGGGAAGCUUGAACUGCUUCUUAGCGUUCUGCAAAAGAAAGACUUGUACAAUAUGUUUGCAAAACCAGUAAACCCACAAGAGGUUAAAGGGUACAAUGAUAUCAUUAAAGAGCCAAUGGAUUUCGGCACGAUUUCAGAAAAACUCAGUGGAGGAAGCUACAGAACACUGGAAGAAUUUCAGCACGAUGUGUUUUUGGUAUUCAGUAAUGCAAUGUCAUACAACGCUCCAUCUUCCAUCUUUAAUCGAAAGGCUUGUGAUAUGAAAAAUCUAGCGGUGGAAUUGUUUGAAGCCCUCGAGAAAGAUUAUAAAAGUUUUGAAAGUGUAUGUUCCUCGAAAAUAUCAAGAGCUGGUAAGAGGAGCAAGAACAUCAUGAACAGUUAUGCUGAUAGGUCAACUUAUGGGAUGCCUUUAAGGGGUCGGUCGCAAGGGGUUGCCGAGCAGAAGUUACAAACAGCCGGAGUUCUUAAUCCUUGUAAUUCAACUUCAAACUUUCAGUUUAGUGAUCUAGAUCUUAAUGUGGCAUUAUUUCAGAAUGGCAUCAUAAAUACUCAACCUUCAAAUAUCCUUCGGAGUUCCACCCCACCUCUAUACUCCGGUGCUCAAACAAACAUUGAGCACCAUAAUGGUCAGUAUAUUGGGACUGUGCCCUCAAUCAAUGCCUUGUUUAACAACAGCAUUGGGACUGAUGUUGGUAGGGGUAGGAAUCCUUUUAUAGCUGGUCUGCCUGCUUCAGAUCUAAGGGGGAACUGUGAAAAGGUUUAUGGCCAGUCACCGCCUUCUUCGAUAAGGUGGCAUUGCCCUCCAAUUAUUUCUAAUUCAAGUUGGAGCCCAGCCUUUGGCUCCACACAUGGGCUGAACUCAAAUUGUUUUGGAGGUGGACAGCAUCAAUUUCAACCUAUGGGUGGUAGUGGAAGCACACUGUAUGGAAGUAAUAGUUUCGAGCAGGCAAGCCAAGGUCUGAACGGGUUGAGGCAAGCGGAGAUAGGACCACAAAUACCUGACUUCAAACCAUUCCAGCAGCAAGGGCAAGGCUCGGGCACACCAGCCUCUGGAAUCAGCAUGAGGCCUAUAAAUUUGUCAGACAUAGAUCAAUGGUUUGGGCAUGGUCGGAGUGGAGGGGGGUCAAACACUGGAGCUCCUCCUGCAAGCUCACUAGGGCUAGGUGCCGCAGAAACAAACAUGUUUCCUUGUGACUUUCGGCACUCUGGGGGAUCAAACGCUGGAGCUCUUCCUGCAAGCUCUGAGGGAUGUGAUUGGAACCCGUGGAACUUUCGGCCAUGAAGGUUGGAUGAAUAUGUUGCGUGACUAAACAUGUCAGUGUGCCCGCAGUUCUAUUUUAUCGUACCUUUUCCAUUUCGUGAGAACAUAAGAGUUUGAAGUUAUGCUUUGUUGUUUAUAUGAAAAUGCUGAGAUGAACUCAAACUUUUGGUUUUGGUUUUUCCUAGACAAUUACAAUCCAUCUCCUGCUUGUUGCUUUCAAUUGCCAACUUUUUUAUUGAUAACAGCUUGACUAAGAUUGGAGCAUCGUUGAUAACCAUCCACAUUGGUCCAAAGGCUUGUAGUUAAAAUGGUUAA